AGUUCUCUAUAAAUACGCCUCAAAUAUAUAGCUUAAUCUCAUAUAUCUUCCUCCUCCUCAUCUAACAACUCACAUAUAUUCUUUCCAUAUAAUUAACAAGAUCUGUAUAGUACUUAGUCAUAUCAUAGAAUGACUAAGUUUAGAACUUUCAUCUUCAUCACUGCUCUCCUCCUCUGCUCCACGCUAACAUACGCAUCAGCCCGGUCCAUUCCAACCUCCGUUAAUCCGGGAGAAAUCUCCGCCGAAGUCUAUCAAAAAGUAGACCAAGGAGAGGAAACCUGCGACGGUGUUGGAGAAGAAGAAUGCAUCUUGAUACGAAGAACUUUAGUCGCUCACACUGAUUACAUCUACACCCAAAACCACAAUCCAUAAUGAUUAAUUUAGCUUCUAAUAUGUUGUCUCGUUUGUAAUUUCUUAUAUUAUUAAGCAAACUACUUCACAUUUCAACUUAUCGUUGUCACUUAGUUCGAAUGUAUCUGGAAAAUAUUUGAUUAUUAGUGAAAGCUAAUUGCUAGUA